UUUAAUUCGGCCAUUGUCUACAACCUUAUGCGAAUUGAUAUCAAGAAAUUGAUAUAUUCUUUGAAAGAAAGAAAAAAAUGCUAAUUUACAAAAAUAUCCUCACUCAAUUAAAUUAUUACUAUAUUGACCCUCUAGCCUAUGUUGUGUCCUGCGUCAUCUUCUACCUACUGUGUCACUCUGCUCCGCCGUGGCCGUUCAUUGCUCCGGCGCGUCUUCCUUCUGCCUCCGUGUGCGUUUGUGAUGUUUGAACAUGUGAGAAGACUAACAACGUUAACACCAACGAUAAACCUCUCAAUUUUAGAGACAAACUUACAAAGAUGUCAAUGGGUGAACCAAUUCAAGCAGAUUCUGUCACAAAUGAUUCUCACUGGCUUCAUCACAGACACCUAUGCGGCAAGCAGGCUCAUCAACUUUUCUACUCACUCCAAUUUCAUUCCUUUCAAUUUCUCCCUCAAAAUAUUCAACCACCUUCACAACCCCAACACCUUUAUUUGGAACACUAUCAUGCGUUCUCAUUUAGAGCUUCACAAUUCACCUCAUCAAGCUAUUAAUUUUUACAAGCUCUUUCUCUUUCAAAACACUCCGCCUGAUCAUUACACAUACCCGAUUCUCCUCCGGUCGUGUGCUUCCCGGGUAUCGGAGGCUGAAGGAAAGCAAAUUCAUGACCAUGUUGUUAAGUUUGGUUUGGAUUUUGAUGUUUAUGUUAGGAACACGUUGAUUAAUUUGUAUGCUGUUUGUGGGAACAUGGUGAGUGCGCGCCAGGUGUUUGAGGAAAGUCUUGUGUUGGAUUUGGUUUCCUGGAAUACUCUUUUGGCUGGUUAUGUUAAUGUGGGUGAUGUUGGCGAGGCGGAAUUUGUGUAUGACCGGAUGCCGGAGAGGAAUACUAUAGCUUCUAACUCCAUGAUUGUGUUGUUUGGGAGAAAGGGUUGUGUUGUGAAGGCGCGGAGGCUUUUUGAUCGGAUUGGAGGGAAGGAUAUGGUUUCUUGGAGUGCGAUGAUUUCUUGUUAUGAACAGAAUGGGAUGUGUGAGGAGGCAUUGGUUUUGUUUGCGAAUAUGAAUGCUUGUGGGGUUAUGGUGGAUGAGGUGGUUGUGGUUAGUGCUAUCUCUGCUUGUACAAGCCUCUCGGUUGUCUGGAUGGGGAGGUCGGUGCAUAGUUUGGCGGCCAAAGUAGGGAUUCAAGAUUAUGUUAGCUUUCAGAAUGCAUUGAUACAUUUGUACUCAAGCUGUGGGGAGAUAUUGGAUGCUCAGAAACUUUUCAGUGGCGGUGUCUUGUUGGAUUUGGUGUCUUGGAACUCUAUGAUUUCUGGGUAUUUGAUGUGCGGUUUAAUAGAGGAUGCUAAGACAUUGUUUGAUUCCAUGGUUGAGAAGGAUGUUGUGUCUUGGAGUGCUAUGAUAUCGGGUUAUGCUCAACAUGGAUGUUUCACAGAGGCUGUGGCUUUGUUUCAGGAAAUGCAGCUUCUUGGAAUUAGGCCGGAUGAGACUGCUUUAGUGAGUGUCAUCUCAGCCUGCACCCAUAUGGCUGCUUUGGACUUGGGCAAAUGGAUUCAUGCUUAUAUAAGUAAAAAUAAAUUUCAGGUUAAUGUCAUUCUGGGCACGACACUUAUGGAUAUGUAUAUGAAAUGCGGAUGUGUUGAAAAUGCGUUAGAGGUUUUCUAUGCGAUGGAGGAAAAGGGUGUUUCUACCUGGAAUGCUCUCAUUCUUGGUUUGGCAAUGAAUGGGUUGGUAGAAAAGUCACUUAACAUGUUUGAAGAUAUGAAAAAAACCAAGACACUUCCUAAUGAGAUAACAUUUAUGGGAGUUCUUGGGGCAUGUCGACACAUGGGCCUAGUGGAUGAGGGGCGCCGCUACUUUAGUUCAAUGACCCAAGAACACAAGAUAGAACCAAAUGUUAAACAUUAUGGAUGUGUGGUUGAUCUUUUAGGACGUGCAGGUUUGCUUAAAGAAGCAGAGGAACUGAUUGAGAGUAUGCCAAUGACACCUGAUGUCGCUACUUGGGGUGCUUUGCUUGGGGCUUGUAGAAAGCACCUUAACAAUGAAAUGGGAGAGAGGUUAGGAAGGAAACUCAUCCAGCUUCAACCUGACCACGACGGUUUCCAUGUGUUAUUGUCAAAUAUAUAUGCUUCAAAAGGAAAUUGGGGCGAUGUUCUUGAAAUUAGGGGAAAUAUGGCACACCAUGGGGUGGUGAAGAUACCUGGUUGUAGCGUGAUCGAAGCAAAUGGAAUUGUUCAUGAAUUCUUAGCUGGAGAUAAGACACAUCCUCAGAUAAAUGAUAUUGAGCAUAUGUUAGAUGUAGUGGCUGCAAAGCUAAAGAUUGAGGGCUAUGCACCAAUCACAAGUGAGGUUUCAUUAGACAUAGAUGAAGAGGAGAAGGAAACUGCCCUUUUCAGCCAUAGUGAGAAGCUUGCUGUUGCCUUUGGACUAAUCACUAUACCCCCACCUGCUCCAAUCAGAAUAAUAAAGAAUUUGCGCAUAUGUAAUGAUUGUCAUACUGUAGUAAAGCUAAUCUCCAAAGCAUUUGAGCGUGAAAUUGUCGUAAGGGAUCGUCAUCGCUUUCAUCACUUUAAGCAUGGUUCUUGUUCUUGCUUGGACUUUUGGUAGCGAAAGCUGCAAAACUGUAUCAACAAUUAUUGCGAAUGGGUAUGUUUCCCUUGCUAUGCAUAAGGAAAAUACUCUGAAAUCAAAAUCUUUAUAAUGUUCUGGACUCAAUUAUAGAAGCAUGUAACAUUGACGAUCUUGUUAGAUUUAGUCAUUGUCAUUGAUGUUGAAUCAAAUUAUUUUUCAUUCUUAUGCCGCAAAUUGUCUCCAAAAGCUCCUGUUGGUAUAGAAUGAGGGCAGCAGAUCAUGAUAUACUUCACAAGAUACCAAAUGCUGCAAGAAUUCUAAAUCAGGAGCGCGGUGAGGAUCAUCAAAUACAUUGCUCUAGAGAAGGAAGUGGAAUAGCUUGGAAGAUCAUUCCAGUGGUACUCAACCGUAUCCAAAUAUAAAAAGAUUGUUGACGUCAUAUGUGGAGAAUGAAAAAUAUAACAUCUCAAGAAGGUGUGGGCUUCACCCUGACAAUGAUAUAUACAGAGAUCAGGAAGAGCAUAAAUCUCAUGUAGAUACUAAGGAAUGGCAGUGUGGAUACUGUUAGAAAACUUUCUACGAAGAGAAACAUACUGAUCAGCAUUUUGACAACUUCGACAACGGACACUCCAAUUUACUUAAUUUGGUCAAAAAAUCAGAGCUAUCCUGCUGCUGCAGCAAAACAUAAACAUCUGGUAAGGUGUGCUGUUGUUUUUUUGUCUGUUCAGUUUGUGUUAACCCAUACUGCAGUUAGCAUGAUAUACUCCACAAGGUACCAAUCCAUUUUUUCUGAUGCUGAUAGCAAUCUUUUCAGAUCCUGGACUCUGAAGUGAAUAGAAUCAAUAUAUAAAUAAAUCAAUUACAAGAGAUGCAUUAAUCUUUUGUAUUUCUAUCUAAUAGUUGUAGAGGAAAACUAUGUUGUUCUCUUCAUAUAUAAGCAUCUUGGAGGAAUAUUUAACAUGUACAGUUACUGGAAAGGCAAAGCAACUAUUUUGUAGAGUCACAACAACAUAACUGUUAACUUUUUAAACUCAUUCAAAAGAUAACUUCACUGCUAA